AAUUGGUCCAACCUGACCAGCGCGGAGGAAAGUAACAUGCACCACGUGACACCAUUAGCGCUAUACCUCGGUAUCGUUCUGGAAAAGGUGCGUUUCUUUCUGGGGCUAUGAGGCUGGUCCUGUGGAUGCCAAAGCGGUCUUACACUGCACGAAAUCGAUACAGGAAGUAACGACAGGAACGUCUGGCUCUCUUUUGCUUUACAGGAUCAGUUUUGUGGCCGAAUGUGGGCGGAUGCUCCUCUGUACCAGACUGGCUGCUGUCACUCGAAUGCUGCUGUGUGGGUCUGAUGCGUGACCGUCCACAUUUCUUUCUUUUUCUUUGUGAACUGUACUAUUCUCUCUCUUUCGUUCCGCCUGCAGCUCUCUGAUGAAGAAAGCGGCACUUUUUCCUGUAAUAGCAUCAUCAUCAGUGUAGAGACGGCACGAUUGCUACACCUGCCUGGCCUCAUAAUUAAAUAAUUUACUUCGGAAUAUUAUCAGUGAGACAUUUUAAUAUUCAUUGAUUUCUAAAUACACAUUAAAGAAUUGCAUAUCAUACCUGACCAAUUAGAGACAGCGUAUGGGCCAAAGCCACGCCCGCUAAACGCAAGCUAUGCUAAUCACCAUUCUAUUCGCUGAUUUUUUUUCCGUCGUUUGACUCAGACGCCUUCGACGCCCUCUUGCGUCACGGAGUGAAAAGACAACAGGGCAUGUCCGGACAAGAAAUAAAUGCACAUCCCGACUGUCUCAAACACAGCUUUUAUUUCUAGAAUGCAAAUAAAUAUAUGCAUUGCAUUGUAAAAGUAAUGUGUACAUACACCCCUCAGACGCCUAAAUAAUUAAGAGUCAAAAUAAAGCUAUAAAUAUUUCAGUACAAAGCCAUUAGAUACCAGGCAGGCUACCUGAGCCACAUGGAACAUCAAGGACAGGGGAUCAUUUACAAAGCCAAAUUAUUUUAAGUUGUAUUUGCUGCUUUUAAAACAAGAUAUAGCCGCUCAGUUACCGAAAAUGACACUAGGUCAGGCGUUUGAGGCAAUUUGGAAGACCUUCCAGUCAAAAGACUCAGUUUUGCAGCCUUUGUGGGACUACUUUCGACUGAACCACUCUGAGACUCUUCGGUCUCCUCUCUUUCCUGUGAUUCUGACCGUAGCGUCCUAUUUUGUUCUUUGCCUACCCUACCUAGUCUGCGACAUCAUGGGAAAGAAGUGGCCGGCUAUUAACCGGUACAAGAUCCAGCCCGGCAAGAUGCCCACAACUGCAAUGCUCCUUCACUGCAGCGGAGUGACUCUUUAUAAUCACAUCCUUCUGGUGUUUCCUGCAGCAGUAGCUCAGUGGAUGUGGAGACCUCCUGUUCCCCUUCCUGAACAAGCACCUACAUUGCUGGAGCUUGCAGGUGGGGUGACCGGAAACCUUCUUCUUUUUGACUUGCAGUAUUUUAUCUGGCACUUUUUGCAUCAUAAGAUCCGCUGGCUGUAUGUGACUUUCCAUGCUAUCCACCAUAAUUAUUCGGCCCCGUUUGCUCUGGCCACACAGUGCCUUGGUGGAUGGGAGUUGGUGACGGUGGGCUUCUGGACCACGCUCAACCCCAUUAUGUUCAGGUGUCAUCUGCUCACCACCUGGAUGUUCAUGGUGGUCCACGUCUAUGUGUCGAUAGAAGACCACUGCGGAUAUGAUUUCCCUUGGUCCACGUCUCGUUUGAUCCCAUUUGGUGUUUAUGGAGGUCCGAGCAAGCACGAUGUGCACCACCAGAAACCUAAUACUAACUUUGCGCCCCAUUUUAGCCACUGGGAUAAACUGUUCGGCACUCAUGCUGAUUUCAGCUUUGCUAAAACUCAGUGAUGAACAUACAUGCGUGUAAAUAUUACAUUUGCAUGUUUGGUUACUUCAGGCAGAGCUUAAAUAACGCAGAACUUAUAACUUAAGUUUUUGCUGUGAAUGUACUUUUUUAUAGGAAUAGUAUUAAAAUCGUUAUUUGAGCGCAUGAAAAAUGUCAAGGCAAAUCAUUUAAAAUGAUUAUAGUAUAGGCUAAUUUGCAUAUUGUAGGCAUAGGUAUAAUUAUAAACUACUAAAAACAAGUACAAAUCAGUUGUUUUUUUUCUAGCCUUUUACCAUUGUGAAGGAAAUCAAAUCUUGUAUCUAUUUUAUUUAAAUUGAGAACCAUAUACAGACAAAACUCUACAUUAUACCAGUUUAUUCAAUUAGGAAACAACUUUAGCUUUAUUAUAUUAGCGAUUAAAAUUUAGUUUUACAUAGGCUAUGAUACAUUCACACCGUUUUAAAUUAACAAGAAAAAAUUCAUUUAGUCUAUUAUUUUUAAGCUUGAUUAUUUUCUGACCUUUUAUGAUUUAUCACCGUAGAAGUGAUUUUUCAAAGACUUUUAGAGCAUGUUUUAUAAGAAAAUAUAAUUUCAGUCUUUCUUCUUACAAUUUUGCUUCACUCAAUGUAUUACUUGCUGUUGCUUUGUAAUUAUUGGUGAAAUUGACUAGCAAUUUGUUAAUGUUUUCUUUUAUUGUUACUUUUCUUUUAAUUUCUUUUUUUAGUGAUUGUGGAUUUAUUUGUUUGGUUCCAAACUGUGGCACAACAUAAAAUGUGAGACAAAAUUAUAUUAUAUAUAUAUAUUUAUUUAUUUUUUUCUCUUAAUCUAUGAAACAGGUGUGGAAAGGAAAAUAUGUAAAUUACGAUAUUUCUGAUUAUUUUUGUUCUUCCUACGUAAUAGAAAGACACCAGCCAAGCAUAAAGGCUCAAAAGUGAAUUUUCACAAGAGGAAGUUGUUUUUUUGCAUACGCUUGUGAACUCAAAAAUAGAUCACCGCGGAGUCACAUCUCUGAAUCUCUCUGUCGUGAAUAUUUUCUGUAUUGCUUUUCGAGGCUACAUUUAAUAUCAGAACGUUUGUUGCUUAUUUCAUGGCCUGGUUAACCUUGAAAGCCUGCCUGCAGUCUUCGAUGAGCUCCAGCCAUGUGUUGGGUGUACGCAUAGGCUUGCUAUUGAUCUGAUCGAUCGUGAUUAUGCAAUUCAGUGAUGUAACAGCAGGUGUCAGUAAAGAGAUGACUUGCUUAAAUCCCAUUGUGUAACUAUCUUGCAUGUAACCCUUUACUUUCUAUAUACAAAAAGUGCGCUGUUGUGAACAGCAACAAAAACGGUGUCGUUUUGCAGCUUUAAAAAAAUGGUAGUUAUGGUAAAAUAGUUAUGUAAAAUAGUAUUUUAUGAGGAAAAUGUGAGUGGUGCGAAACGUGUAAUGCUUUGCUGAAACCAGCGCUACUAAUAAAAGCCUA